CUAUGCAUACACAAACCUAUACUUCAUGUAUAUCUCCAAACUCACCUUAACCACAAAUCGCCCAAGACGAUGAAGAAGGUACAACUUUAACUUCUCUCUCUCUCUCUCUCUCUUUCUCUACAACACAAUCUCUGAGAACUCCGAUCUAUUUUCCUCCCUUGGAUCCGUGUUUCGAUCCGCCGACUCAAAGAUCGAUCGUUGCUCAAAUCUCAUUCGAGUAAGAUCAGAGGUGAAAAUUCAGGAACUCCACAUAAACCUCUGGGGUGGAAGUAAUUAUACUGAGGUCACAGAAAAGGACUCAUCAUGCCUGAUCAUAUUGUACAAUCAUAUAAUGAUGAUGAUGGGAGUGCUGGGCAAUCUAUGCAUUCUUACCAAUCUGUUUGGAUGGCACAUUGGAUGCGAACAAGCUGCACUACAACACCUCAGGUUCAUAAUUUUUUGCCUCCUCAUCGUGAGAACAAGGAAAAUGAUUAUGAUGUCAAGAGACCACAAUUUUUGGGUGGGCUAGAGAUAGCAUCUGGCAUUUCUACAUCCGCCAAGAGAUUUAGAGAACGAACUGAAGCUGGAACUGUUAAAAUCAUGAAUGAGAAUCUGACAACAGGUUCAAAAAACUUGAUAAAUCAAAGAUUAGAUUGCCAACCCUUUCCAGUGUUCAAUCUUGGUCUAAGUAGUUGUAGUAGUUCGGCUCCAAAGAAUGAUCAAGACUCUUCAUGUCACAGGCUAGCAGUAAGGCCUCCUCAAAUCGACCACAACUCCAAGCACAAUAAGGCAGGCACAAGCAAUUUUCCUUUGGUACUUGCAGUGGGGCCUCCUGCGACAGAAGCCACAUCAAGAGAGUUUUAUUUCAAGUCUCAAGGUAUCCCUCAAAAUCCCAUUGACCAGGCAAACUCUCAUAAAUUUCUUGGAGAUAGCAGCUUGGCUGUUGCAAGGCCUUCUCCAGGGUCAUCUUUCAUAUGUAGACAAGUAGAAGAUAAUCAACUAACCUCUGCUUUAGCAUCCAAAGAACACUUCUCAAAUGCUAAUUGCACAAUUUUGGAACAUGAACGGUGUAACUAUCGCAGCCAUUCUACAUUUUUGUUUUGUGAGAGGACGAUGGAUAACCACAAAUCUGGAAACUCUAAGACUUUUAACUCACCCAUGUCUUUACAUGACAGUAAUUAUCAUUUACCAGUGUUGGUUGGAGAGCAGUACCAGAAGAUGCAUAAUUGGAAGAUGCAAAAUUCUUCAGGAAUUGGACUUUUUCCAAGCCAUAGCAGUCGUCUAAAGGAUGAUGUGGAGACUACGAGACCGUGCACCACUGCGAAUUCUGUUGAUGGACUGCCUGGAGGUCCUACCAAAUUUUCUCAGACAAAGCACAGCCGGUUAAUAACAGAAACUGAGGUCAGCUUGUCUAAAGAAAAUCGAAUGUUCAGAGAGUCAAGGGUGUCUACCAAAUUCAGUGAGCUUCUCAGUUCACCUCCUGUUAUUGGUCAGGAUCAACAAGGUGUGAAGCUUCAACCUCCAGCCAGCUCCACAGAUGGUGAAGGAAAAGAAAUUGUAAAAGAUGUAAAAGCUUCUGAAGCUUGCUUAAAGAAUGAAUCAUCCACUGAAACUGACACCAUGGACAUGGAUGCUUUCAAGGACAACCAUAUUUCGGGUGAUGAUGAUUCUUCCCCAUCAAAUAAAGACAUCAAGGUGGGCCCAGAUCUGUCGUCUCAGGCUACAAUUGAUGAUUCAACUGGAGGAGAAGUUGGAUGCAAGCGGCCUAUCACCAUGUUACCUGAUAUAAAUGAAGAACUUCCUUCUUUUCCAGCUGCUGUAAGCACAAUGGACAACGGGGAGCCAAGCUCCGCCAGAACUCAGAGUUUGGAUGCGGAACACCUCCUUGCCCAUGCCGAGCAGUUCAGUAAUUCAAAAUAUAUCCCUCUCACAGGCAGUAUGCUAGGACCUGAGCCUACCAGCAGAUGGGUUAAGCGUCUGAAGCCAAUUGCUUCAGAUUCUUUUGCCCUUGGUACUAAGAGCACAAAUCUGGGAGAAGCCACAUCCCAUGAAAAAGCAAAAAAGUUCAACAGAAUUAUGAAAGGCAACAUAAGUAGCUCAGAAAUGAUUUUGGGUACAUGUCAUGACAAAGAAUCGAUGGUGCUAGAUCAGACUGCCACGUUAUUGGGGGAUGGUGAGUCUUCUUCGAUAAACAAAUCAAAAGCAGGCCGAGAUGCAAUGCUUUCACAUUUUUGGAUCCAGAGGUGGUGUCACAAUGCAAACCUACAAAAGAAGCCUAAAGCAGUGGCGGUUUGUGAGCCACAAAGUUCAAAGGUGCCGUUUGACGAGCUUCAUAAGAAGCAGUUUCCAAGCAUUGCUGCUAUGGCCUUAAUGGGGAAGGCCAUGAGUUGUUUUCAACCAUGUGAGUUCCAGAAGAGGGGUUCUUUUAUAGUUUGGAACUAAUAAUGCCGAUUCUCUUGGGAGUCAAUAUUUGAUAAGGAUAAGAAAUGCUUUUGCCAUUGAUCACUCGAAUCGAUGGCAGUUUGUGGAGUUCAAAAUCCCCCAUUUUGCGUUGUACUAUAUGCAUGUAAAUCUAAAUGCUUGCAUGAAAGGGUUUGAGUUUUGGCAUUAUCGCUCCAUACACCUAAGAGUUGGGAGGUCCAACAAGCGAAGAGUGAAAAAAUGAACAGUAUGGUGACAUGUUUUCUUCAAGACUUUGGGACGCCAUAAACAAUUCCCUGCAACUUCUGGAUAAUGGAGACUACGCCCAACUUUGUGCUUUCAUUGUUUAUACCUAAAGCUGCAUGUCUAGCUUAAGAUUUUAUCAUCCCUUUUGAUUCCUCUUUCUGUAUUAUAUUGCUUUGCAUAUUUUGAAUUUGUAUGAGCAACUGAAUGUCUUUGUUGUCUUUGUCAUAAACAUCUAAUUCUGAGAACUGCAAGAGACGUAAAACUUAUCACUGAAAAGAAUGCGAAUCUUGACCUAGAGUUCCACUGUA